AGAUACAUACAUACCUGACGCGGAAUCCCAGAGCAAGGGCCGACUUAGCAAACUCACAUACUCACUCCAACACCCAAUUUACCUCCUGCAGGCUAUUCGCCGUCAACUGUGUAUUGCUGCCCAUCCACGGAUCAUCGCUGGAAGUUGCAAGCCACUCCAAUCAACUUACAAUAUAGCGUUUGCCUUUGUGGCUGCAUAUGCCAACGAGGCCCGGUACCCCGCCCGCUGCAGCUUGUAAAUCUGUCACUCGCACGUUUACCACAUUUUCUACUUGUCAUUGACAAGAUCACCCUCACCAUAUACAACAGACUCAUCAAAUCCAUGCCGAAACGAUCCUUUGAUUUUUCCGCCAUGCCGGCCGGUGAACAUGCGCCUCCUGUCAAGGCCCAAAAGACAGAACGAUCUCAUGAAGAGAAUCAGGAAAGGGCCUACAUUGCGGCAUCAAGGCGCGCUGAUCGAAGUUUGGAGGCCAGAGUGCAAUCUGCUCGCCAGGCAUCCGAAAUCCACCGGAGACGUACAGGCCGAGGUCUCAAGGUCAGCGAGGAGAUUGUGCUGAAGGAAGAGAUGUACGAAGAAGAGGAAGACGAAGUUCCACGCCACUAUAAAUAUCUCACCGCUCACUUGCAAACGAACUCGCCCGAUAUGAACCAUCGCGUGAAUGCAUAUAUCACGACACAGGCCGCUAUGGCUACCAUGGCCCGAUAUAAUGAAGUCAACCGUCUCUUCAGCGAGUCGUUCCCAUCAGCAGUGGCAUAUCAGCAACAGCUAAACAAUUCCAUGUACAUGGCGCCUUUGAUGAACAAUGACGGCAGCUAUGCGCACCGAAUGUCUACAUCGAGCUCGAGCCAAAGUUCACCAGCCACUCGAACGCCGUCUAUUUCUUCGGGAUCUCAAUUCGACAGGAGGGAUUCUAUUAUUACAACCGGAAGCCAAACGCCCCACUCCAUCACUGCUAUGUCGUCGCCACCCGCUUUGACACCCGGAUCUUCGACGACAGAUGCAGAUGUAUCUGAGACGAAAACCACACCUUAUUCUGCCCCAUCUGGAUUUUCAAACUUCCCCCUUGAUCCCCAACUGGCUCAGCAAUCCGCAUCAUCAUCGGCAUUCACGUCCGAACUACCAAACGAGGUAAAGAUGAUGGCCAAUAUCGAUAUGAGUGACCCGAUGACAAUGCACUUCAUGGGAAACGAUUCCUCUGCAUACCAAAUGUUCGGCCCCUUUCCAGGUGACACCAUGACACACGAGGACAACAACAAGAUGAACCCCGAUCAAACAACCGACACAUUUUCUACCCACGACAGUAUCAGCCAAGCCGAGGAUUUCUUCUCCGUAGAGAACUCAAUGGGCCUCUUAGAUGUUCCAACUGACGCGUAUAGCCGGCUAGGUACGCCAGCUGGCGGAACAGGUGGUGAUGCCUGGGAGAGCUUUGUCGACUUUGGCUCCGAGCAAUGACUGGCCUUGGUCACCUCCCACCAUGCUGGUGCCAAUAUCUAGCCAUACGGCUUGUACAUGUCUCAUUAUACAUCUGAAUACAUUUUAAAAAGGUUUCAGCGGAUCGGUCCGAUAUUCCAGGGCUCCGACUUUCUCACGCACGGCGCCUAUGAGGGCUCAGGUGUUGGUUUGGGUUGCAUGAAAGCGUUCCAAGGGUUUUUGUCUUAUCUUCUGGGCUGGC